AUGGCGCUGCCGGACCCAUUGCUGUGCCUACGUGCGGCGUUGUGCGCCUUUCCUGAUGAGCCUCUGAAGCUCGUGCAGCUGCGUUCGAGCAGUGGGGAUGUCCUGGAAGAUAUCGCGCAGGCGGCCGAGGUGGUCGUCCAGCAGACCAGCAACCCUGCGCUGCAGCACGACGAGAACGCCCCAGAGAUUGUGUACGCAGCAGAUGCUCCUACGCGUGUCCUACGCACGCGCGAAACUGCGUCACAGGGCGAUACUCUCUCGCCAGAGGCGUCGCCUGACCUGUUCUUUUCGCUCAAGGCGCUCGUCUUUGCCGUGCAGCAACGCAGCGAGCGUGCCGGCGCGUACCUGCGCAAUGCAGGCACAGCGCAAAUCGUGCCUCUUCCUGCACUGGAGCGUCCCGCGAUCCUCGAGUACUUGCUGGGCAAGCGCGAGGCGUGGGAAGGCGUUGUAUCGAGCGACGGACAAGCUCCCUCGGCCACGACACUUGCCGCCGCGCCGGGCGACCAGGCCGAGGCGUCUGGUGCGGGCGCACCUGCACAGAAGCGGGCCUAUGUACCGGACGCGGCUGAUGCCAAGUUUGUGCGAGACCUGCGCCAAAAGUAUGAAGUGGUCUUGCUGGACCGCAACGAUGCGCUCUCCGGCUCGCAGUCGCAUCUCGGCGAGCUGCAUGCGGACACCCCGUCGCCCGCCGCCAACGGUGCUGCUCCUUCGGACGUAUUUGGUCUACGUGCGCUGCUCAAACCCCGCCUCGAGAGCGCCAAGCGCCGGGUGAGUGCGCCGGCCAAAUCCAACGCGCCGGCCGCACGCCCUGGCGCGCCGUCGAACCAGGCGCGCCGCUCGCGUGCGCAAGAUCCCAUCAUUCUCCUGUCCAACUCACCGACUGCCUUGGUAAACAUGUUCAACGUCAAGUCUUUGCUCCAGGACGGUGUGUUUGUUCCGCCCGACGAAGCACGGCGCCAGGCAAAUGGCGUGCCCGAACUUGUCGUGACGAUUCAGACGCGGUCGGAAGAGGAGGGGUCCGGGUCCACACCCCGCACCUCGCAGCUCUCGCGGCGUAUUCUUGUGGUGGACAGCGCCGAGGCAGUGAACCGUCUGGGAAACGGCCCUGCGGGCUCUGGCCAAGAUCCGUGGAACAGGGUGAUUGCAGUGUUUACUACGGGCCAGACAUGGCAGUUCAAAAGUUAUCGGUGGAAUGAUCCCCGCGACCUGUUCAAGAAUGCGAUGGGCGUCUACGUCCGGUGGAACAACGAAGCGCCGAAUCCGCAGGUGCGCGACUGGAGCGUGACCGAUCUUCAGGUGGACCGGACGAAGCGACACACGGAUAAACAGCUUGUCGCCUUUUUCUGGCGCGCGCUGGACAGCUGGGUACAGCGCAAAAAGCCGCACAUGCAGCUCUCGUAG